AGCGACAAAUCACCCUACCUUUCGAACGCUAUCGAUUUCAUCAUGAAAAAGCGUGGUGACCGUGACUUAAUGAACCAUCUUGCAAUUACCCGUCUGGAAUCGAUUUGCAAAGAGGACAGGCUCUAGUGGACUUAAUUACCCCAUGAGAGCUUUCCUCGCUGGGAACGUGCGAGUAGAGGGCUGCGCAUGCGUGUGAAUGCGACUCUGCCGGGAAGUAUAUAUAUAUAUACCUGAAGGUCAGGUUUUCCCACCUGUUUGACUCUUACCUGCGGACAGGUGAACAUGGUCUGGAUACAGGUAUGGAUACUUCACGUGACCACCUUCCUCUUGAUCAGUGGAGACGACGAUGUGCCUUUUACGCAACUGCAGAGACGGAAGGUGAGGCCACACUCAACCUCCCUGACGUCACACUUGACCAGCGGCGAGGAAUACCUCGAUGAGGCCUCUCCACCGACGUUUCAUGUGCCAAGUUCGAUCAGCAGCGAGGAGGACAUCGGAGAAGAACCCCCUCCUUUGCAUUCAAGAAAACUGAAGUUAUUCUUGACGUUCCCGUCGUCAAAAUCGAGUGGGUCUUCAGGUACCGGAGGGCCUCUUCUGCCGGAAGGGCUCAAGAAACCGAGGGAAACGCGCCGGAAACGGAUGACAUCGCUUCCUAGGGACAGAUCCUCAAGAGGAAGUUCCUCCCAAGCUGUCGCUGGUGCAGGAUUAUCCGGUGAUGCUUCAGCUGUGAACCGGUUACGUCGUGCCAAGAGAGCUGCCUACAAGAGCUUCAAGGAAACGCGACAGAGAGGCAAAGCCGAAGGGAUGUAUUCGCUGCUGCUUCCUGAUGACGGACUCAAACCGUCAGUUACUACGCGGACGAAAACGGCUACUUCCCCACAAUAACUUACGACGGUGGACACCAGUUCAGUUAUUACUUCGUGUAUCCUCACGAGCCCAAUAAACAUCCCGACGGACAUUUGCAGAUAGGUGUGGAUGGGUACAAGAAUCACCUAGCCAAGGUUGGCGAUCAUGACGCGAGUCGUGUCGGCCGUUUAGGAGAAGUUGCAUUAAGCAAACCCUCGAUCCAUCCAUUGCAUCCCAUCAUACUGAAAUCUGUAGCGCAGAAUAUAGCUGAUCACUCGUAUACCAGCUUACCUGUAUCCAAUUACCAGGCGCCUUUAGCAGCCAAGAGUCAGAGCUCUCAACAUUCUGCUGCACUUCUGAAAUCUCAAGGCGCAACGAGACAUCCCUAUAAAGAAGAAAUAAAAUCUAAUUUUUCAGUGAAAAGAUUACCAUUAGUAGUUGAACAGAAGCACGUUGUUCCGGGAAAAUCUAAUCAACAUUCAAGUGACGGGUCCGGAUAUUCUUAUGAUCACCCUUCCAUGAAAAGUGCUCCGUCCUACGCUCAAAACACCUACGCAACAACUCAGCCUCGUGUCCCGCCAUCAGAAAUGUAUGGCUAUCCUCCUCCGCCUAAAUACAAUGCUGACUCAAAAGUUCCAGUUCUGGGAGCUGCCAAAACCACUGCCCAUGAACUGAGAAAACCUUCAGCUCAAGCCUUAAGUGGUCACUACGGCGUCCCUCACCAGACAGGAUACAGCUCGCAGACCAUCUCUCCCAAACCUUCCUAUCAUGCGAGCUCUCCGGCAGUAAAAGGAAUACCCCACUUAGCCCCUCAUCCUGCAAGAGAAUCAGGAUUGAAGAUGCUAGACCGAGGGCUUCUCGUGGCCAGCCGGAUGCUGGAAGAAGGAGAGGAUCUUUCUGUUUAUAUCGCCUCUGUCGACAGUGCAGACUCCGGCUAUUCAGAACAUUCACUCACGGCGGAUGACUUGAUGGCACUGACCAAUUUUGACGUUACGAAGACCCUGUUUCGCCCUCCAAACAUCUUGACAGGCCAUCCUUUCUUCAGGCCCCCCAGAACACUGAGAAGAUUGAUUAUGACAGAGGACUACUUAGCCUCAUAGCCUUUGUGAGGGGUAUAAGUGGGCCACCAUAUGACAGAGUUUCUUCUUUGGGGUCGACUAUUUUCGGAUUACUCAGUUUGGUGAGUGUCUCCCCUUUUCUGCUGGUUAAGGCCGUCACUAACGUUCAGUUAUAAUUGCGCAGUUAUGCCUACACAGUCGGACUGUGCAGACAAAACUGAACUAAUAAACUUCAGCUAUGUCUGCACAGUUGACCUAUGUAGGCAAAACUGAACGUUCGUAGGUUCAGUUUUGACCGCAUAGUCCAACUAUGCAGGCAUAACUACACAGUUAUAAAUAAACGUUAGUGGCGGCCUUUAGUAGUGUAAUUUUGAUCUUUGUGUUUCUUGUAAUUCUCUUUCAUUUUCCCUUCAGGCCAAGGGUAUGUAAGGGCAUCAAGAUGCUCGUUCCUCUGGACUUUCCGUAUUAAAUAAAGAGAAAAUUUAGAAAGAUUCUUAGUCAGUGAUUCUAGCCAUCACUGAUUAUUCGAACUUUUAGAUGAUCAUCUUUGGAACUGAGACAGGACAAUUAUACUGCCAUCACUUGCUGACGAACUUAAAAACGCUGACAUGAAGCUGAAACUUCUUUGCAAGUUCUCGUGAUCAUUCACCCCAGUCAGUUGUCAUUCUAGUCCUUUUUUUUUUUACUACAAAGCAUCUGUAUAGCUUGUGUUGUCAGAUAAAUUAGUUAUUAAGAAUCAUAGAGCUACCUAAAGCGCUGAUAUGGCAUAGGAAUUAGUCGUGCUCUAUACUCAGCAUCUAGAGUAAUCUACUCUCUUUCUUGUGAAACUUUUUUGACAUGAGUUAAUCUGCUUCUCUCAGGGUCAGUUUGCAUAGUCAUACCCUGACUCUCCUUGAAGCCUAUAUGUAUAUAUUUUUGUACAGCAACCUAUAUGUAGUUCUGUAACUCUUGUAGGUAGAUAUGAAAGGUAUUUAGCCUUUGUGAUGUUUGAAGUCGGCUGAAAUGCAGAAUCUGAAUUCUGUAGUAAAGCUCAGACCGACUUGUAAGACAACAAAUUUUGACAAGAAGAAAAUAAACAUUGUUUGUUAAAUAAAUCUAAUAAAAUACACCUUAACUCACUUAA